GGAUACAUAUCAGCCGUUUUAAAGAGUCUGGUUCAUUUCCAAAAUGUUCCAAGAACAUAUUGGCCACAUGUGGUUGUCGUUGACGCAACUAAAAUUGUGCACGAACAGUAUGGACCAAUGUGUCUAUUUCAGUCUGUCAGUCGAUUUUCAACUUUCUGUGCCGGUGGACGUCUAUGUCGUAUGUGAUUGUCAUUAUAAAAUAUAAGAGGAAAUUCAAUAAAUUAAAUAAAAAAUCCACAACAGAAAAGAAAAAAAUAUUACAUUUAAAGUAAUAAAAUUUAAUGUGUUAAAUCUAUGCAUACACACGUAUUAAUGUAUGUAUGCCUGUAUGAUGGUGUAAGAAAAUAAAUAAUUGAGUUUAAAUAAAGAAAUAAAAGAAAAAUUGUAAUAAUUUAAUUUAUUAAAGCAAAUUCGAUAGUUGCCUGCGAAUCUGACGACGAAUAGUACGAACACAAAUUUUAUUUUCUUUAGUUCAAGACCAAUUUAUUUGCAUUUUGGUAGUUGAAGAGUUAGUUAGGCACGUGUAUUAGUGUAGAUAUGUCUAUGCAAUUGGUGUGUUUUAUAUGUCAUGUUUGUAAAUAAAUAGACAUGUAUCGUAUGUAAACAAAAGCUUAUUUAGACUUCGGUAUUUUCGAAAUCUAAAUAUACAUGAAGUGUUUGCGCGGUAUUUAAACAUCGAAUCGAUAAUAUGUUUAAUAUUGUGGUGUUUUGCAAAGAAGUGAUUCAUUAUAAAUAUAAAAUAAAUAUGUAUGUGUGUGUGUGAUCUUUUAACAGGGCGUAUGAGUGUUUAUCAUAUUUCAACUGUUGUGCUGCCUCCAAUCUGCUAAUUUUAAAAAUAAUUUAUGUCAACUGAGGAAUUUAACCGUGAGUUCUCUUGUUAUUUUUGUUACUCUCAUCAUUCUUGAUGAAUACUUAAUUGUGUUAUACAUACUAGUGCUACAUAUCUGUAUGUACAUAAAUAAUAUGAAAAAUGAUGUGUACAUAGUGCAAUGUAUACACAUAUAUGCAUAUAUUGUUCCUGUUGAACGUACAUACAUACCUAUGUAUGUACUUAUAUAUGUAUAUGGAUAUUAACUAUUAUUCGUGAAAAAGAUUAACGACACUGACCGGCGUAAGUGAAUUUAAGUGGAUAAUUGGGAUGAGCUAGUGAAUGUAUCAGAUUUGUGAAAUUUCAUGCAUAUGUAUGUAGUAUGUGUAUUAAUUGAAGCAAUGGUUACUGCUUUUUAUUAAUGCGUUCAACGUAUCAACAUGAAAAAUAAUAUUUAAUUCAACUUUAAAUUACAACAUAAAGAGAAAUAAUUAGUUGCAGGACAAAUAAUUUAAUGGAAAUGAGAUAUCAUCGAUUGAUUCAUUAUUAUGACGACUUGUAGAAAACAGGUCUUUGGAAAUUUUACACAAUUCUCACUGCCCAAUAGAAGUUUGUAAAAUAUUCGAAAUUUUGACAAAUUUUAAUUAAUGACGACUUUUUCCACCAUAAUGCGGUUUUGAACCUCUUUGCAGCGGCAUUUCUACUGAUUGAUAACGUUUAAAGUGUUUUUACACAUUUUGUUUUUAAUGACGCAAUAAUGAUAACGUCGCGUGAAUUGGCGAUAAGAAUUUGUAUAAGUUCUACAAUGAAUAUACUGAAACAAUUUGAUUUUAAUAAGCAGUGAUACUUCUACGGUUGACUAAAUCAUUUCAUUAAGGUUUUUAAAAAUAUUUUUAAAUGGGUGUUAAUAAAAAAAGCUAAACCUAAUCAAUAGUUAUAGCUUGCAUUUUGCUUUUAUCUUUAGAAAAAAUAAAUAUAUAUAAACACAUCUAUAAUAAACAAACAUUUGCUAAACAAAUUAAUUAAUGCAGGGAUGAAAACCUUUCAUUAAGCUCGUAAUUACUUUUCAUGCCUUGUGCAAUUUGUUUUAUACCAACAACUGAAUUAUGUGUGUAUGUGUGUCGCAAACUGGCGAAUAAAUCUGUGACCGAAUCUCAUUCACGUUGCUAACGGAUAUUGAUAAAACACACUGACAGAAACUGUGUACGCCUUUACAAACACACACAUACGGUCACAACGAUACGACGUCAAUCAGUUUCACAUAACAGGAAGAAAGCCAAACAAAGUUAACAAACGCAUCGAUGCCAAUGAUAGUAAAUAUAAUGAGCAUGCAUGAAAAGGAUUUUAUUGUCAUUAUUACACUGUUGAUUUUAAUGAUGAUGCAUCAACGUGAUAUCAGAUGUGAGGCAAGCUUGCAGAUACAGCAUCAAUCGACAACUCAAAAUGAUUAUCUCAUCAAUGAAAUGCCGCAGGAGAGAAUGGAUCAACUUAAAAUACCAAAGGACCAAACACUAGUAGUACGACUACCAUCUAACACUCUUCUCAAAUAUAAUUCGUACAAAGAUGUAUCAAUACUACAUUUUCGUAUGCCUCCCGACACACGACGAGCCAUGUUUACAUUUAAAGCUAUUGAAGAAUCCAAAAGUGCCUUUCAACGCAAAUGCAGGCCUCGAGAUGUAACAUUGCACCUAAAGGCCAGUAGUUACCCUGUGAUAAGUCCCGAAAAUAUAACAUUUCCUAGAAAUUUUCUUAGUGCCGAUGAAAGGUUUAAAAUUUAUCAUUUACAAUUUCAAUCGGAUGAAAUGCAACAACGAAUUACUGUUGCUGGUCCACAAGUGGGAAAUUGGUUUGCAGUAGCUUUUAUUAGCUGGACAGAUCCAAACAAUGAUCGAAUUGAACAGCAAGGUCUGGCUGCAUCAUGUGACACAUUAUUGUUGGCCGAAAUGUCGGUGUCACGUUUUCAUCCGAUAAUCAUAAAUAAUGGUCAAGUGCAUAAUAACACUCUAACGAGCAACAGUGUUGAGCAAACUGCGAACGCUGUAAACAUUGUCAAAAAUUCCAACAAUUCAACUUUAUCUGACGUUGAUAUAAAAGUAACAUCUUCAACUACCAGAACAACAGCAAAAACUAAUACAACAGUACCUAUAACUGAAACGCAUAUGCAAACACCAUCGUCAAUCUUUUUUACCCAAUCCCCAAAUACUGCAUCAACUUUAUCAUUAACAUCUGCAUCUACAUCGACCUCAAAAUCAUAUAGUAAAAUGAACACGAACAAUAGAAGCAGUUCCACUGCAACCACAAACAAUGAAAUCAUUUACAAAUUCUAUGUGCCUCGUAACAUUGGAGUAGCCACUGCACGCAUCUCAUUUGCCUAUGUGUGUUCACAUUGUCCCGAUGUCGGCUUUCAUAUACAGGCAAACGCCUACCCCAGUAUUAGAGCAGAAGCUGAUAAGAGCCAUGAAAGUAAUUACAUACACAGCACUAUUAUAAAACCAAAUCAAACAGGAGAAAUCUCUAUUGAGUUUUAUGUGCAACCCAUGACUUGGCACUAUGCCCUACUCAAAUUUGUCAGCCAGAGGGGUUUUAUGGCUAAUUCUAUUUUAGGUCAGAUACAACCGGUGGACAAACAGAAUGAACCAGUGCGACUAAGAAACAGUGAGAACUUGCAACGACUAAAACGCCAUGAUGAUGAUGUAACAGCUGCUAUGACUGAAGGUAAUGAGACGACGACUUUACCGUUUGUAAUGCAAAUUGAUUACUAUGAACCAUCAGAGCAGGAUACAAAAAGUGAGAGUAAAGCAAAUGCAAAAAAAUAUGAUGAAAUGAAAAAUGAAGGUACAAGUAAAAACAAUGAAACUGAGACCAGUGAUAAUAACACGCAAAGUACAAGUGACAAAAAAAAUUGGGAACCAAAGCCUUUUCGCGACAUUGAGUUUUACCCACUUUUAAGACAAACUUAUCGUGAAUUUUUUAUGUAUGACUAUGAUUUAGUGCCCGAUGAAAAUGGCACAGUACCAUCGUUGUUAAAUCUUACUGCUGGUAUGCCUGCAGGAUUCGCUUUCGACGUGGGUGAAGUAUAUGAUAUCGGGGGUACUUUAUCAUUUGCAGUAUCCAUGAAACAUGGACUGAAAGCCUCUAAUCCAGAGGCUGUAAAAGCGAUGCCUUCUAUUCCUAGCACUAGUGAACGUAGUGGAAUUUUAGCGGAAAAGCUCAUUGGCAGUCCCAAUAUGGAUUCUAACAAUGAUGGAGAACAGGACAAGUGGAAGUCGAAUAGUAAAAAUCUGCCUCGCAGUAAUCAAACUAUUAUUGUUUGCAUGCAUCUUGGUGAACCUGGAGAGCCUACAUGGCCCGAUAAAUGUAGAUAUGGUCGACGUCUACUGCCUGCAUCUAGUAUAGUCAAUAACACUGACUCAAAUACCAGUACGGGAUUAAUACAUGUGCCUUUUCCCGAAAGUGGUCGGUGGUAUGUUACCAUGGGUCUGUAUUGCCACGGAGCAGAGACAGCAUCUCGUGCGACUAUCAUUGAUAGUGUUAAAGAUUUUGUUAAAAAGUUUACUCACAUGUUGGAAUACAUGCGCCAUCCAUGUGCAUGUGCAUCGAAACUUACACUGUACCGAGAAUGUGUCAAUGAUCCAAAUUGUCUUGCAGCUAUGAAUGAAACUGAGACCCUAAAGAUAAAAGAGUGUCUUAUGGAUUCUAAAUGUACUUCAAAUCACCUUGAAAUGACACAAAAAUUUGAAAUUCACCAUAAAUUCGCCACAGAGCAGCACUUUGCUCUCGAUAACUGUAGCACAUCGGUGGUAUUCACCAUUUCUUCGAGUCCCUGUGUUGCUGGACGAUGUGGUCGUUAUGGUCGCUGCUAUCAUUACAUGUCAGGUGGCUUCGUUUUUUCUACAUGUGUUUGUAUGAAAGGUUACCGAGGUUGGGACUGUACCGAAGACUCUCAAGUUCCCUCCAGUAUAUCCAUUCUAAUGGCCUCACUUCUUCUUACGCUUAGCAAUCUACUAUUUUUUCCUAGUAUUUAUAUUGCUGGUCGCAGACAAUUCUACACUGAGGCCGUUAUUUAUUUCUUCGCCAUGUUCUUCUCAAUAUUUUAUCAUGCCUGCGACUCGGGAGAAGACGAAUACAGUUUUUGCUUAGUUAAAAUCGGAGUGUUGCAAUUUUGUGAUUUCUACUGUGGAUUACUGGCCAUUUGGGUCACUCUGGUGGCAAUGUCUCAUGUACGACAACAGUUUGUCUCACUUCUCCAUAUGUUGGGCGCCAUUCUUCUCGCAUUUGGCACUGAACUGAAUAAACAAAGCCUCUGGGUGUUUCUGGCCCCUGCUCUUACAGGUAUUUGCCUUAUAUCGGCAAGUUGGGGAAUGCGUUGCUAUAAGUCUCGAAAGUGGUUUCCGGCUCGCCGAUAUUUAAUAGUCUACAUGCCAUUGGGCACGGUUCUUGUGAUGGUGGGCCUAGUAUGUUAUGCAUUCUUGCAAACCAAACAAAACUAUCACAUCGUCCACUCCGUUUGGCACAUGGUUAUGGCAUUAAGCAUCUUGUGUCUAUUGCCCUCACGUAAAUCAUUUAUACCGAAAUGCUAGCAUUCGCCUUAUAACCGAGAAUUCCUGCUCACUGAUCAGGAGUUCUACAUGUGAACUUUAGCUUAACACUAUGGGUAGCUAUAGCGAACUUAUAUGAAAAUAUGACCAAAAUCGCCUCCCAUUGAAACCACCACAGCACCAAUAACACGAUAUUUUCAAUAGGUAUCAAGAAAAUCAUAUUCAUUACCAUCGACGCCGUCGUCAUAUUUAUAGUUUAUAGUUAGUAUUAAGAAAUUUAUCAUUACACCUACUAGAUAAAGAUCGAAAUAUAUAUUUUAAUUGUACUCAUUGGUACAUUUGUGCCUAUUAAUUUAUGUACUAUGUAUGAAAUAGGAAAAUAUAAUAGAUAAAGGAAACUUAGUUACUAAAAUAACUACACAGUGAGAUGGCAAA